ACAGAACCGAAGUCAUCUAAAGUGUUUAUUGAACCCUGGCCGUUCUCUAUCUCAAUGUAAAAACUAAAAACACAAACCAUUGAAAUUUCAAGAGCCAUUCUCUUGAGAAUUCAACUAAAUUUCAUGCAAUCCAACUUGUAUCCGUCCAGUAGAGUUCGUUCUUGUUUCUCAUGGAAUCCCCAUAUCCCCUCGCCCAAAAUAGCCAUAGGCAAUAACCUCAACUCCUCUAUAAACUUUCAAGAACAAAGGCUAAGUAAAAAUAUCUGUUCUUUUUCAUGGAUUCCAGACAAACCCCACAUCCCCAAGCCCAAAACAGACAUACCCAAUAAACCCAAAACCUCCAUAACCCCACCAGCUGUUACAAAAUCUCUAGAAACUUCAUUAAAUUUUGGAGAAGAAAAGUUGAAUAAUAAGCAAGAAAUACCCAAUGUCCCAUAUUAUCUUCCAAUCUUGGUUCGAAACUCAGAUAAUCUUUGUAGGUAUAUUUGGGAUGGGAAUGACUUAAAAUUGGUCCCUGUUGAUGGGAAUGCUUUUACUCUAUCUGAUUUCUACUGUAAUUUUGAAGAUACAGUUCAAAAGUUGGUCAGAAUUUGUGUUUUGGCUAUAAGGAAUUUUUUUCUUCCAAGGAAAGUUAGUAGUAAUUACCUUGAAUACGUGAAGUGGAAGUUUGUUCAUCGUGUUUCCAGUUCUGCUCUCCAAGUUUUUGCCACCCAGGCUAUGUUGCGGGCAAUUGGAAUAGGGAACUCCCGUUCACUUCAAUCAGCUGUUGCACUAAAUUGGGUCCUGAAAGAUGGUCUUGGACGGUUGAGCAGGUGCAUCUACACUGCUAGCCUAGCCUCUUCUUUUGAUACCAAUCUUAAGAGAGUAAGGUUCUAUACGUCUGUUCUCUUCAGUUUGAGCAUUGGAGUUGAAUUGUUGACUCCUGUAUUCCCACAAUACUUUUUGAUGCUUGCAUCAAUUGCCAACAUCGCCAAACAAAUAAGCCUUGCCUGUUACCUGGCAACUCUUACGGCCGUGCAUAGAAGCUUUGCAAUUGCCGAUAAUCUUGGUGAGGUUUCUGCAAAAGAACAGAUUCAAACAGUGUGCUUCGAUAAUCUUGGUCUUGCACUUGCUGCAGCCUUAAAUAUACUAUUUGCUAAUAAUCCAAGUUUACAAGCAGGUCUACCAUAUGUGGUGUACCCAAUCUUGUCAGUGCUUGACCUAUUUGGUAUAUAUCAAGGACUAAAGCAUGUGCAUCUGCAAACAUUAACUAAGGAUAGGCUUGAGAUCAUUAUAAGCACAUGGAUUCAACAAGGAUUUGUCCCAUCACCUGCAGAGGUGAGUAAACGGGAGGGUAUUGGCUUAUCUUGGAGCAGAGGCAGGAAGCCAUGGUCUGUCAGCAUUGGUUAUGUAAAUCCUAAACCUUGCACAGCAAAGCUAUCUGCGACUACGAUGGAAUCUUUGACUAAUGAAGACUUUUAUUUCCUGAGCCCGGAGAGCUUGACUAGUGAAUCGAAAAGGAAUCAGGAGUAUGAUGUCCUACUUUCUCUGCGGGAAGGGGCUGGCACUACAGAUGUGAUCAGGGGCAUAUUGCAUGCAAGUUAUGUCCGGAAGGAUAUAGAAGAUUGCGGUAGUUCCAGUGCAGUUCUCGAGCAAUGGUUUAACCUGGUUGAAGAUGGUAUGAGAUUAACAGAACAAAAUAUGAGCCUGUUGUAUGAGCAAAUGCUGUCGUUGGGGUGGGCAUGUAAGAAUAUUCUUUUGAGCAAGCAGGAGCAAGCACACUAUAUAUGGUAAGCAAUGUUGUCAUUCUUCGGCCUAUGGUAGAAGAAAGUGAAUAAAAGGUCAAAGAAACUAAGGGCAUUUCGUCCUUUCAGAGAUUGUCGAUCCUUGUGCUUGUAUAUAAUCCAUUUUUUUGGCAUCCCUCAAAUGAAAAGAGUUGCCUUGUACAAGUCUGUUAGCACUGGUGUUCAGUUUCCUGCCUGCAGAGGUGGGGAGAGAUGAGGGUUGGAGCAGGGAGGGGGGAAAGAGAAGAGAUUUAAGUGUUGUACAAUCUUUGAAUGGCUUUCUCCGUGUUGUGUAUUUAACUGAUUAAGGUUAAACUUGUUAUCCAUAACUUUUUCCUCAUUCA